UUCCAAAAACUUCUACAAACCACAAUUUAAUACUUAUAAAUUAAUUUAAACAAAAAAAAAAAAAAAAAAAAAACUGAAGGAAAACCCAUAAACCCUAAUCCCCAUACAUCGCAAUCUCGCCCGUAUGUCGCCGGCUGCGGCAACAGUGGAAUUCCAUUCUCCCUUUACCAUCAAACCCUCUUCCUUUGUCCAAAACCCUAAUAGUAACCCUAACUUUGAUCCAUGUUCUUCUUGGGGCGAUCAUUUGCAGAAUCUACCUAACGCCACUAACUCUAGUUCGUCUUCUUCAACAGCUUUCGGUUUUGGUGUUGGCGUCGGUGUCGGUUGUGGAACCAGGUCGCGGACCGGGUCGGUUCGGAACAAGCCAAGGCUGCUGAAGGUGAGGAAGCAGGUGGGGAGGUCUAGGAAUGAAGCGAGCGAAACGGCGUCGGAUUUUAAUCCGUUUCGAUCAAAGGUUGAAGAUUCGGGUUCAAUAAACGGUAAUAGUUAUAAUUCAUCGUUUUCUAGUAAUGGGGUUUUAGAGAAUACUAAUAGUGUAUCAAAUAAGUUUUCUUUUGAUAAUGAUAAUGUGGGGUUUGUAUUUGGUGCUAAAAAGAGUGAUGUGGGAAAGGUCUCUGAAAGUGAGCUCGAGAAGCUUGAUAAAAUGGGCCUUGUGUUUGAUGAUGAUGGGUGUGAUUUCUGUCUGAAUUUGAAGUCGGAGAAAGGAGAGUCAAGCGAGAGUGCAAAAAAUAAAAAUCCUGAUUCAGAGAAUGUGGAUUUUGUGUUUGGUGUUAAUGGUAGUGGUAUGGGAUCAAGUUCAAAUUCAGAAAAGAGGGAAUGUUGUAGGAAUAUGGGUGAUUCUUGUCUCGGGUUUGUGUUUGGUUCUAGUUGGCAUAAUUCUAUGUCGAAUGUGAACUCAGAAGAGAGUGAGUGUUGUGAAAAUAAUGGUACACCAGUUUCUGAUGAUCAGGGCAAGAUGAAAGUACAAAGUGAAAUAGAGUCGGAGAAAGUGGAAACUAAUGAGGUUAGAUUUAAAUGUAACGAAAGUUUUAGUUGCAGGGAGGAUAAUGGUAAGGGUGCUUUUGUAUUUGGUGCUGACAAUAAGAAAAGCUUUGGUAAUGACAACAGUAUUGAAUGGACUGUAAAUGAUAAUGUGGAUUUUAAUCUCUGUUAUGAGAGUAAGUUUGUAUCAGAAAGUAGUAGUAGUAUUAACAAUAUGGUUGGUGCUUCAAGCACAAACCCAGUAUUUAAACUGCCUGAUGAGAUGAAGAAACUGAACAUCAAUGAAUGUGAAAAUGAUGAUGGUGCUGACAGGAAAUAUGAUUCGAAUAAGAAUUCAUGCGCUCAUGGUGAUAGUAAAUUUGUGUUUACUAGUGGUGUAAAGCCUUCUAGUUCUUUUAGUGUUGAUUCAAAUCCUACUCAGGAGCAGAUAUCAGGUAUUGGUGCUGCUGUUGGGACAAAGGUGGAAGAUAAAUGUGGGACUGUUGACAGUAAUCAUACUGUAUUUGGUAAUAGCUGUAAUAUAAAGAGUGCUCCAUCAGCAUAUGAUUUUGUACGUGAGACAGCUUCAUCAGCAAACAACUAUGUUCCUGGGGCUACUUCUUUAGAUGGAGUUCAGAAGAAGGGCGAGAACAGUUCACAAGGAUUAGGGAUUUCCUUUGCUGAGUUCAUAACACCCAACGGGGAUUGUUUCAAAGCAAAUCUAUGUCCUGAACUAAGUGGAAAACUGGAAUUCAGUGCAAAGAGUAAAUCAGGUAAAGACAAAAGAUCAAAGAAAACUAGGGGAAAAUUGAAGCAACCUUCUUUCCUUAAGAAAGGGCUGAAACAAGUCCACGUGCAAAAGGAAGGCAACUUACAAGAAAACCCAACCUCCCCUGAAUGUUACUCACCUAUGGAUUUUUCCCCCUAUGUGGAAGCAACAGUGAGUGAUAUGCCUUUAAGGGAAACACUGGUGAGAUCAAAUGAGUCCUUUCAUACAGACAAUAGUUGUGCAACCUCCACCUCUCACCACUGUGUUACUACUGAUUUUAAAGAUGGAAACCUUGCUUCUGCAGAAAGAUUUGAUAUUAAUAUAGGUGAUCAGAAUUGUAGACAGCCAAAUAAAGAGAGUUAUGGACAUCAUCCUGAAAGUUCUCAUGAUGGUGAUUGUUCUCUGAAAGGGUUUGAUUUUGGAUCUGAAACUGCUUACUCUAGUUUCAAUCAGGAGCAGGUAUACUGUAGCAGUGGUUCCACUGGCCCUUCAGUGGCACAUGCAGAUGGCUUGAACACCAAUAUUCCUGAAAAUGUACUGUAUUGUUUUGCAUCAGGUGUAGAAGAGCAGAAAUAUUUUACCUUUUCUGCUUCAUCCACUGCAGAAGGUGGUUUAACUUCUAGAAGACUUCUGCUUCGGAAGAAAACUAAGAAGAGAGUUGUUAAUGGGUCAUUUAUCAUCUCUCCAAGUUCUAAUGUCAAGGUCAGCUCUGUCCAUGGUCAAGAAGAAGAUAGAUAUACGUCUAAAGGUGAAGUGGGGACUAUAUCUGAACUUGCUGAACAGGUCAGGCAGGGUUUUGUCUCCUCCAGGGCAUCAUUUCAGGAAGCCUGCGAGGUGUGGCGACAGAGGGGUAAUCAAGCUUAUAAAAAUGGUAAUCUGUCUAAAGCUGAGGAAUUUUACACACAGGGCAUUAAUUCUGCCCCUCCAGAUGAGACUGCAGGAUGCUGCAUCAAGCCUCUUGUGCUUUGCUACAGCAAUCGUGCAGCAACAAAGAUCUCUCUUGGAAGGAUGAGGGAAGCUAUAGAGGACUGUUUGAUAGCUGCCAAUAUAGAUCCGAACUUUCUCAAAGUUUACAAGAGAGCUGCAAAUUGCCAUCUUGUGCUGGGGGAAGUUGAAAAUGCACUGCAUUAUUACAACAAACUCCUGGAAUCAGGACCUGACGUGUGUUUGGAUCGUAGAAUUAUUAUUGAAGCUGCUGAAGGCCUACAAAAAGCUCAGAAAGUGGCUGAGUGUACAAACCGUUCUGCUAAAUUUUUGGAGCAGAAAACUUUAGAAGCAGCAUCUGAUGCUUUAGAAAUAAUUUUGGAGGCCUUGUCCAUUAGUUCAUGCUCAGAAAAGUUGCUUGAAAUGAAAGCAGAGUCUCUAUACUUGUUGCGGAAAUAUCAAGAGGCAAUUCAACUGUGUGAGCAGACUCUUGAUGUAGCUGAGAAGAAUUUUGCUUCAGUGGGAACUGAUAAUGAUUCAGUAAAUGUGAAUGCUUCUGGAAGCAUUAGAUACUCAGUUGCUAGGCUGUGGAGGUGGCGCUUGAUAUCUAAGUCCUACUUCUGCUUGGGCAAGCUUGAGGCAGCACUUGAUUUACUUCAGAAGCUGGAGCAAGUUGGAUCUCUCAAGGACAAGCAUGGAAGUCAGAUGUUGGAAUCAUCAAUUUCAUUAGCUGCAACCGUUCGUGAACUUUUACGCUGUAAGAAUGCUGGUAAUGAAGCUGUUCGAUCAGGAAGGUAUGCUGAAGCAGUGGAGCAUUAUACUACUGCUUUAUCCAGCAAUAUUGAAUCUCGUCCUUUUGCUGCUAUCUGUUUUUGUAACCGUGCUGCAGCACUCCAAGCUUUGGGCCAGAUAGCUGAUGCCAUUGCAGAUUGCAGUCUGGCCAUGGCCCUUGAUGGAAAUUAUACAAAGGCUGUUUCUAGAAGAGCUGUCUUACAUGAGAUGAUCAGAGACUAUGUACAAGCAGCUACUGACCUCCAGAGACUUGUGUCAAUUCUUGAAAAUAGGCCUAAUGAAAAGGCUAAACAGUCUGGCUCGCCAUCUAGGUCCACUGGCGGCAAAGAAAUAAGGCAAGCUCAUCGACAUAUAUCUUUAAUGGAAGAGGAAGCUAAGAAAGGAGUCCCCUUGGAUCUCUACCUAAUCUUGGGAGUUAAAGCAUCUGAUGCAGCAUCUGAUAUCAAAAAGGCAUACCGAAAAGCAGCGCUUAGACAUCACCCAGACAAGGCUGGUCAGUUUCUGGCGAGAACUGAGAGUGGAGUAGAGGGACGGCUCUGGAAGGAAAUAGCCCAUGAAGUUCACAAGGAUGCUGAUAGACUCUUCAAAAUGAUUGGAGAGGCAUACGCAGUUCUUUCAGAUCCCACUAAGCGAUCAGAGUAUGAUCUUGAAGAGGAAAUAAGGAAAGCUCCAAAAGAAAGCCAUCGAAGUAGCCCUUAUGGAAGACCAUCAGAUGCAUAUGGUUUCACGUCACGGAGGAGUGCCAAUAAACAAUACUGGCAGGAGAAUUGGAAGAAAUAUGGUAAUUCAUAUCCACAAUGGUAAGAAGCAUGUGGAAGAGUUGCUUUAGUUUCCUGGGCAGUUAUAUUAUUUGAAUCCUGGAGUUGGGUCAGAUUUUAAGUGGCACAAACUCGUUGAUGGAUACAGAAGUGACUACCUGCCCUCUGGUUGUGCCAGGUAAUUGGUCACCGCCUUAUAAUGGAAGUGACUCUGCUAUGGUUCUAAGUAUCAUAUAGCAUGUGUGGAUAUUGCAGAUGUUUUGUAGGAGAAACUUGUUUUACAUACACAGCUGAAAGAAGAGAUCAGGAGAAGGGAGGUAGUUCGUUUGAAAUGUUUAUGCUUGACAGUGUUUAUAAAACAGCCUUUACUAACUCUGGAAGAUAAAGGAGUCGGGGUUUUGCUCAGAAUAGUUUAUACGAAAUUUUCUUUGCUGUAUAUGUAUUUACAAAUACUGAAGACGUGGUCAUUAAAACAAGAUGCACGGUUCAGUGAUGUAAACCUUAUAGCAUUGCAGAUGUGUCUGCAGGCUUUCAUAGCAGUCACAUUUUUCCCCUCAUCCCUUGUUGGGGAAUGAUACAAAAUAAAGGAAACGGUGAAAUGCUUGCUUUUAUGUGAUUCCUGAAUAUAAGCCUUUGGAAUAACAUCAGCCAAGUUUUAUGGUACUAGUUGGCUAGUUUUGUUGAUUGGGCAUGGGCACAAACGUUUGGUAUGUUGCUUUGUUUUUAUUAACAGUUGUCUGCAAAUACCU